AAUGUUCUAGGACAAAUGCUCCAUUUGUCUUGUGUGGGAUCCAGCGCUGAGGAGGCAACUCCCUUCCAAUUCCCGACAAAGCUCAGUAUUUCCCUUCCAGUUCUCUCUCCCAUGGAAGGAGCUCAGAAUUUCCCUUCCAAUUCCCGACAAAGCUCAGUAUUUCCCUCCAGUUUCCCGACAAAGCUCAGUAUUUCUCUUCCAGUUCUCUCUCCCAAGGAAGGAGCUCAGAAUUUCCCUUCCAAUUCCCGACAAAGCUCAGUAUUUCCCUCCAGUUCUCUCUCCCAAGGAAGGAGCUCAGAAUUUCCCUUCCGAUUCCUGACAAAGCUCAGUAUUUCCCUUCCAGUUCUCUCUCCCAAGGAAGGAGCUCAGAAUUUCCCUUCUAAUUCCCGACAAAGCUCAGUAUUUCCCUCCAGUUUCCCAACAAAGCUCAGUAUUUCCCUCCAGUUCCCCGACAAAGCUCAGUAUUUCCCUCCAGUUCCCCGACAAAGCUCAGUAUUUCCCUUCCUAUUCCCGACAAAGCUCAGUUUUUCCCUUCCAAUUCCUCAAAAAAGCUCAGUAUUUCCCUCCAGUUCCCCCGACAAAGCUCAGUAUUUCCCUUCCAAUUCCCGACAAAGCUCAGUAUUUCCCUUCCAGUUCUCUCUCCCAAGGAAGGAACUCCGUAUUUCCCUUCCAAUUCCCGACAAAGCUCAGUAUUUCCCUUCCAAUUCCCGACAAAGCUCAGUAUUUCCCUUCCAGUUCUCUCUCCCAAGGAAGGAACUCCGUAUUUCCCUUCCAAUUCCCGACAAAGCUCAGUAUUUCCCUUCCAAUUUUCCGACAAAGCUCAGUAUUUCCCUUCCAAUUCCCGACAAAGCUCAGUAUUUCCCUUCCAAUUCCCGACAAAGCUCAGUAUUUCCCUUCCAAUUCCCGACAAAGCUCAGUAUUUCCCUUCCAAUUCCCGACAAAGCUCAGUAUUUCUCUUCCAGUUCUCUCUCCCAAGGAAGAAGCUCAGUAUUUCCCUUCCAAUUCCCGACAAAGCUCAGUUUUUCCCUUCCAAUUCCCGACAAAGCUCAGUAUUUCCCUUCCAGUUCUCUCUCCCAAGGAAGGAACUCCGUAUUUUCCUUCCAAUUCCCGACAAAGCUCAGUAUUUCCCUUCCAAUUUUCCGACAAAGCUCAGUAUUUCCCUUCCAAUUCCCGACAAAGCUCAGUAUUUCCCUUCCAAUUCCCGACAAAGCUCAGUAUUUCCCUUCCAAUUCCCGACAAAGCUCAGUAUUUCCCUUCCAAUUCCCGACAAAGCUCAGUAUUUCCCUUCCAAUUCCCGACAAAGCUCAGUAUUUCCCUUUCAUUUCUCUCUCCCAAGGAAGGAGCUCCGUAUUUCCUUUCCAAUUCCCGACAAAGCUCAGUAUUUCCCUUCCAGUUCUGUCUCCCAAGGACGGAGCUCAGUAUUUCCCUUCCAAUUCCCGACAAAGCUCAGUAUUUCCCUUCCAGUUCCCGACAAAGCGCAGUAUUUCCCUUCCAAUUCCCGACAAAGCGCAGUAUUUCCCUUCCAAUUCCCGACAAAGCUCAGUAUUUCCCUUCCAGUUCUCUCUCCCAAGGAAGGAGCUCCAUAUUUCCUUUCCAAUUCCCGACAAAGCUGAGUAUUUCCCUUCCUAUUCCCCGACAAAGCUCAGUAUUUCCCUUCCAAUUCCCGACAAAGCUCAGUAUUUCCCUUCGUAUUCCCCAACAAAGCUCAGUAUUUCCCUUCCAGUUCUCUCUCCCAAGGAAGGAGCUCAGUAUUUCCUUUCCAAUUCCCGACAAAGCUCAGUAUUUCCCUUCCAGUUCUCUCUCCCAAGGAAGGAGCUCAGUAUUUCCUUUCCAAUUCCCGACAAAGCUGAGUAUUUCCCUUCCUAUUCCCCGGCAAAGCUCAGUAUUUCCCUUCCUAUUCCCCGACAAAGCUCAGUAUUUCCCUUCCACUUCUCUCUCCCAAGGAAGGAGCUCAGUAUUUCCCUUCCACUUCUCUCUCCCAAGGAAGGAGCUCAGUAUUUCCCUUUCUAUUCCCCGACAAAGCUCAGUAUUUCCCUUCCAGUUCUCUCUCCCAAGGAAGGAGCUCAGUAUUUCCUUUCCAAUUCCCGACAAAGCUCAGUAUUUCCCUUCCAGUUCUCUCUCCCAAGGAAGGAGCUCAGUAUUUCCCUUCCUAUUCCCCGACAAAGCUCAGUAUUUCCCUUCCACUUCUCUCUCCCAAGGAAGGAGCUCAGUAUUUCCUUUCCAAUUCCCGACAAAGCUCAGUAUUUCCCUUCCAGUUCUCUCUCCCAAGGAAGGAGCUCAGUAUUUCCCUUCCUAUUCCCGACAAAGCUGAGUAUUUCCCUUCCUAUUCCCCGACAAAGCUGAGUAUUUCCCUUCCUAUUCCCCAACAAAGCUCAGUAUUUGCCUUCCUAUUCCCCAACAAAGCUCAGUAUUUCCCUUCCAGUUCUCUCUCCCAAGGACGGAGCUCGGUAUUUCCCCAGUUCUCUCAGUAGUUCUAUCACCCAAGGAUCAAGCUCAGUAUUUGCCUUUGAGUUCUAUCACCCAAGGAUCAAGCUCAGUUCUCACCCAAGGACACAACUCAGUAUUUCCCUUCCCGCUCUCCCCUUGUUCUACACACAAUACACAUUUGUAGGUAAGUAACAGCCGCCCCAAUACUGACAGAUGAAGGUGCUGCAAUGAUAUCCAGCGUUUCAUACCCCACUCUCCUCUUAUGCAAUGACUUUAUUCUCCCUUCCGGUUUCUCUCCGCUGAAUUGUUUGUCUUUUAGUGGGGAGGGAAGGUUCCUUGAGAUUUUCAUUUGUUUCUACGAAAGGUCGAAUCUUUCUCUGCAGCCGUAACGUUUCGCUUCUGUUUCCAUGCCAGUGGCUCUUUAUUUUCUCUGUAUAUAAAGCUAUUUCUGGACAAGUAAAGUCAAAAUAAACUACAGAAAAAAAAAACAAUGGAAGAAACAUUGUAUAUUGUGUAAAAAAUACAAAAAGCAAAAAAAGCUCAAUUGAACCCACACCGACCAGAGUUUAAUAGUGUGCGACUUUGUCACUGUAUAUUGUAAGUUGUGUGCACAAAAAAACAAAUAAGAAAAUGUGCAAAAGGCAGCGUCCGACUUACAAAAGUUUUGGGGACAAAUAUUUACGUUUGUAUUAAAAAAAAAUUGUUUUAGUAACUUAAAUGCUGGAAGUGAAUGAAUCAUUUUGUUCAGCAAGAUAUAUUUUUCGGAAGAGAAACUGUCACGUGUCCAACUAGAAACUUGCUCGGAGUAAAACAGUUCAUUGAAUUCUAAAAGUGAAUGAAUGAUUUUGUCUGGCAAGAUGUAUUCAGAAGAGAAACAGUUCAUUGAUUUGCCUUAAUAUGAUCAACUAGAAAACACAAAGGAGUAAAACAGUUCAUUGAAUUCUAAAUGUGAAUGAAUGAUUUUGGCAAGAUGUAUUCAGAAGAGAAACAGUUCAUUGAUUCACCUUAAUAUGUCCGACUAGAAAACACACAGGGUCAGAGUAAAACAGUUCAUUGAAUUCUGGAUGUGAAUGAAUGAUUUUGUCUGGCAAGAUGUAUUCAGAAAAUAAACAGUUCAUCUUAA